GGGAUGAUCCGGAAGAGCUCAAGCAGGGCCUUGAACGACCUUUGACGCCACGCCACGGCCGACUAAGAAAGAGGGAGCGCUUGUUCUUUUUACUGUUGCUUCUUUUGUGUUUGUUCUCUCUUCCCGCACUUACAAUAGUGUUUUGGAGCUUUUCAUAGAUACCUCAUCGAUCGCGUGACAGAGCACGAGUCGGAUUUCGUGUGAGCCAGACCUGUCGGCUCCGGCCGCAACAAGAAUUUCACCAUGUACCCAACGGGCGAGAUCGCGAACCCUGAUGAGGUCAGCCUCCAGAUGGAGGGCGGCGCCUUCCAAGGCAACAAUGUUCCAACGAUGCCAGCGGAGGUGGGUGGGACGGACGUGAAUGUGUAUCUGAGUCCGAACGGCCAUGACUUGACCGUGGCGCUGUCCUGGGGCUGGGACAUCGUCGAGGGAACUCCUGUCAGGACAUCUCCGGUGGAUCUGGAUUGCUCCGUCGUGUGCUGCGACGCUGGCGGCCAGGUUUUGGACGCCUGCUACUUCAACCAGCCAAUCUGCAUGGCGGGGGCUAUCAUGCACUCGGGCGACAACAAGACUGGAGCGGGCGACAGUUACGACGAAACCAUCCAGAUCGACAUCGACCUCGUCCAUCCGGGGGUGUCUAUCAUGGUCUUCGUCCUGAACGCUUUCAAGGGCGGAAAUUUGAGCAGCGUCGCCAACGCGAAGGUCACCAUCUUGGAGGCGGGAAAACCGGAGCCCCCGUUGGCCGUGUGCCCGGUUACGAUGCGUAAGGGAGACUUCACCGGUAUGGUGCUCGGGUUUCUGUACAAGCCACCGGGGAUCGAGGAUAAUCACGCCUGGAAGUUUCGAAAUUUGUGCCGAGCUUGUCAAGGCAGAAACUUCGAGGAAUCGCUGCCGGACGUGCGUCGGGCGUUGAAUAUCUCGGGUAUUCUGGACCCCGCAUCGUCGAAUAUGAUUAUGUCGAUGGACAAGAAGUUUGACAUGCGCAAGGGUGACUUCCUCGAGAUCCCCCCGCACCUCUUCCAGGACGGUUCGGACCUUUUCAUCGGCCUCGGGUGGGAGACGCCGGGCGUCCGCGGGGGCGUGGAUUUGGACGCGUCCGUGCUGCUUUUCGACGCCCAAAACAACCUGAUCGACGUGGUCAACUACGCAAAUUUGUCCUUCCUCCAGGGCGCGGUCCGGCACAACGGGGACAACGUGACCGGCGCCGGGAAGGGCGACGACGAGAAGAUCGAUCUGGAUGUCGACCGGCUGCCGCCCGUUGUCGCGCAGAUGUACGUCGUGGUCAACGUGUACAGUUCCCGGCACUCCUUCCAGCACGUGUCCGACGCGUAUGUACGGCUCUGCGCGGCGAAAAACAAGCAUGAAUUUUGCCGGUUUUGCCUGCAGAAGCAGACGGUCCUGGCCAACUGCCUGAUUUUCGCCCGGAUCUUCCGCGGCCCGGUUCGGGGGUCCUGGGUCUUCAACACCAUCGGGGUCGGGUGUCACGGCAACGUCGCCACGCAGCCCAGCGUCCUGCAGGGCUGUCUCGCCUCGGUGAACGGGUUUGGCAGCACGGUUUCCCAGGUGGGGCCGAGCAUGAUGAAGAACGUGCAGCUGUUCCAGCCGGUCCAGGUUGGCGGGGGAGGUCCUGGUGCGGCCAUAGUGCAACAACCUAUGAACGCCGCCGUCGUGGCAGGAGGGGGCGGGGGGGCCGCAAGUCCGACGCGACCGCCACCGCCCUCUGGUGGAGGUUGCUGUGUCAUUUUGUGAAGUUGCAAUUUGCGAGAGCGAAAAAUCAAAAGCGAAUUAGAGUCAUACCUUGACAAUGAAAGUAACUACACUUAGAGAUGAAGAGCUGCGAUUCUCGCCACGAUGGCAGCAUCCAUGAACAGAACAUCAUGUGCACUGCGACUAGUUUAAGUUCUGGUGUGUACUAGUUUAGUUUAGUUUAGUUUAGUUUAGUUUAAGUUCUUAUGAACAGAACAUCAUGUGCACAUGCACUGCGACUAGUUUAGUUUUAGUUAAAGUUUUAUCGCAGAGCCGCAAGUAGGGUUUUAAAGUAGCAGCGUAGAGGUGCCCGUAGAGAAGUUAGUUUCGUAGAGCCAAAAGAGCAAGAAGUAGUUAGACAGCCCACAGAGCAAAAAGCGCAGCCUCACGCCAAAGUUAGUUUUAGUCAGUUUCCUCAGCGCUAAGUGUGUGAGCAGGCCCGUGAGAAAAGAGGAAAAAGAAC